GAGGGAAUUGAUGAAAUCAAGGGGAUUGAAGAAAAAUCGUUCUUACAGCUGGGUUCAGAUUCGAGAUGAAGUCCAUGCUUUUGGAGUUGGAGAGAGACUGGAGAGACUGAAUUCAGAUUGCUUGCUGGCAGAAUCCUAAUACAUAUGAUACUGAAAUUAUGAUUUGAGGGACUGCUGAGAUUUUUAGAAGAUCAAUUUGGAACAUUCAAAGAAAAGGAGUUGAGUUCUUCUAAUUGCUAUCAAUGAAGUGGAACAGGACCUUUUAAGGCCUCCUGUUCUAGCCUCACCAGCCGCAUGAAUAGAAUCCAAGCUUCUUAGGACAAUGUAGUCGGAGCCGAUUCAUCAGCUAACUAGAUCGUGGCAAUUGUGAUGUUCUCAUGCAGCUGAAUGCAGUCGCUUUCUUCGCAACCAAAGGUGCGAAGAGGAUCAAAUUACUCGUCUUCCUCAGGAUAGUAAAUAAAAAAUGUGGAGGAGGCUUCCAAAAGGCAGUGGCAGCAGAAGCAGCCAAUCUCUUGGAGGCCACAGGUCCCAGUGGGAUCAAACCAAGUGGUACUUUAAAGAUAUGUUUAGAGGAAGAGAAUGAACUGAAAACAGCAGGUUCAUCAAUUGAUGAAUCUGAAGAAAAUGAGGAUGCAAAGUUUGCAAGACUAUUGCACGAAGAAUACUGGAAAUCGAUGAAACAAAAAAAAGAAACCUCUACCACAUCCGGAGGCAUUGGUGUUCACGUCCCUUGAGAUUACGCUACAAUUAUUGAUGAUGUACAAAUGUGGUGACAUGGAUGAUUGCAUCUCAACCACUGAUGUUGCUGAAUUAGAUGCAUCACUUGAUGAGAAGGUGAAAAACGAUUUGCCACUGCCAGGAACUUAUCAAUGGAGGGCCUCCCUAUGGUGGUGUUCUUUCUUGUUUUUCUUCUGAUAUGAACAGGUUCAACACCAGUACAAUUGAGUUCAGUAUGAAAUGAUACUGGCAUUCUUAUCG